AAAUUUGGGCGCAGAAAAAUGUCUGAGGAAGAAGGCAGCAACUCUUUAGAGUAUACACCAACAUGGGUGGUUGCCGUCGUCUGCUUCGUCAUCGUUCUCAUCUCUCUCUGCGCCGAGCGAUCGCUUCAUAAACUCGGAAAGUUCUUGCAUGGUCGGAAACAAGAUGCGCUUUAUGAAGCCCUGGAGAAAUUAAAAGAAGAAUUGAUGCUUCUAGGCUUCAUUUCCCUUCUCUUAACCGUCUUUCAAAAAUUGAUAAGCAAAAUAUGCAUCCCGUCUCACAUUUCAUAUGACAUGCUUCCAUGCAAGAAGGCGAAUUCCGCGAACGUCCAUCAUGGUCGCCGGCUUUUGUCUGCCGGGGCCGGCGCAGGGCAUUGUAAGCCGGGGAAGGUUCCAUUUUUGUCACUGGAAGCAUUGCAUCACCUUCACAUUUUCAUCUUUGUUCUAGCAGUUGUUCAUGUGAUCUUUUGUGUCACAACAAUGGUUCUUGGAGGGGCAAGGAUACGCCAGUGGAAGUAUUGGGAGGAUAAAAUCAGGAGUGACAUCAAAGCAUCUAAAAAGUCUCGAUUCGGGCUCGACCACUUGCAUGCUCGCAUUCACCGUGAUUUCUUCAAACAACAUGCAGAGGGAAAUUGGAGAAAAGCAUCCCUAGUGAGAUGGAUGGAAGCAUUCUCCAAACAGUUUUAUGGCUCAGUCUCAGAAUCAGACUACAUUGCACUUCGCCAGGGCUUUAUCAACGAGCACUGCCCCAGAUUACCCGAUUUCGAUUUUCACAAGUACAUGUUGCGGACACUCGAAGUUGAUUUUCGAAAAGUUGUUGGCAUAAGCUGGUACCUUUGGCUCUUUGUUGUGCUCUUUUUGUUGCUGAAUCUGGAUGGAUGGCACACAUACUUCUGGUUAUCCUUUUUGCCAUUGAUUCUUCUACUUCUCGUGGGCGCCAAGCUAGAACACAUAAUCAUCCGUCUGGCUCAAGCAAACGCGACCAAGAAGACGGGGGACCAAGAAGCACAGCAGAGCGGAGGAAGGAGGAAGACGGAUGAGAACGGAACUUCAAGAGUGAAGCCUUCAGAUGCAUACUUUUGGUUUGGCAGACCCGGCAUUGUUUUUGUCUUGAUCCACUUCAUUCUUUUUCAGAAUUCAUUUGAGAUUGCAUUCUUCUUCUGGAUUUUGUGCACUUAUGGUUUUCAUUCCUGCAUAAUGGAAAAAGUUGGCUUUAUUAUCCCUAGACUCGUUAUUAGUGUCAUUGUUCAAGUUCUCUGCAGCUACUGCACCUUGCCCUUGUAUGCAAUCGUUACUCAGAUGGGUAGCAUGUUCAAGGCAGGCAUGUUCGCCGAGCAAUCAGCUAUAAUGGGAUGGCUUGAAGGUGCAAAAUUCAGACGAGAAAAUGCAGAGAGCUCUAAUGCUAAGGGGACAGAGAUUCACAAAAUGGAUGCAGAAUUAUCUGAGAUUGUUCAAAUCGCAGAGCAAGCCAAUAUAGUUCAAAUCGCAGAACAAGCAUCGGUUGCUGCUGACGAAGGAACGGCAGCAUCUACAACUCACCUCAACCUUGAAAUCAAACCGCCUUCUCCGUCGUCGUGACACUUAUUCUCGGGGGGGCUCCGAUGCAGUCUAGAGUAAAGGGAUGUUACGCUCCCGCUGCAUCGGGCUCUAUAUAGCAGAGGGAACGUUACAUUUUUGUGCUGAAAUCACAUCUUUCCCCAUGAGAGUUUCUAAUGCACAAAGUGAACAAGGAAACGGCUAAUUUAACCUGAAAAGGAGGUUCUAAGACUUCUUGAACUUUUCAGUCAAAUUACUCUUUUGCUCUCGUUGUAUGAAAACUACCGUAUUACCCUAGAUCUAGAUUUCUAGUACAUCACCAAAGAAGCUAACAAUAGGCCGUGGUACCCCAUUUGCAUAUUUUCAUCCAUAACAAACACUAUAAGAAGCCAACGUUAUUAUAAACCUUUUGAAUAUUAUUAUACAAAAUGUAAGAGAAGAUUUCUUUUAUCCUUAUUUUCCUCCUUUUGUAAUUACAAAAAUCAAGCCUGCCCUAGAAACUACAAAAAUGAAAUAGAAGAAAGGAAAAUUACAGAGGUCAAAGAAUCUAAUGCCCCUAAAACU